UACUGACUUUGCUGCCUGGUGAAGGCUACACGGAGGACCUUUGUCUUUGGUGUGGAGAUGGUGACUUUGCAUACGGGGAGUGGUGGCGCAGCGGUUAGCGUACCAGGCGUUUUCUGAGUUGGACUCCCGGCCCGGGACCAAACAUCAUAAUAUCGAAAUUAUAUCCGAACUGUUCUGGGCCUCCUCUAGGUGGCCUCGGCCGUAAAACAAAAGCUACAGCGCGUGAGUGACGAAGGCUACAAAUCAUUAUAACCUCACAGCCAUGGAUUUGGAGAAAUCCAAGCAACAGCAGCAGCAACAACAUCAGCAACAAAUGCUGCUCAACUCUACCGAGUCGUGCGUCCUGGAAUCGCUCCGGGGCUUCGUUGGGUUCCACCCAACUCUCCGCCUGCUCCCGGGCCCUCACCGAAUUGUCCUUCGUUGGGAGUCAGUUACCCGGGUCGGGACAAGUCCAGAAAUCGGCCAAGAGGCUGGCCGGAGGACUGGCCAAAAGACCGGUCAAGGAACUAGCCAAGGGAUUGACCAGGGGGCGAGCCAAGGGAUUGACCAGGGGGCGAGCCAAGGGAUUGACCAGGGGGCGAGCCAAGAGACUGACCAAGUGACUAACCAAGAGACUGACCAAGUGACUAGCCAAGAGACUGGCCUGGGGACUAGCCAAGGGCUUGAUCGGGGAACCAGCCAUAAAAAUGGGCGUGUGGCAGUGAUUUCUGGGGGUGGCGCGGGCCACGAGCCAGCCCACGCGGGAUUUGUGGGCGUGGGGAUGCUGAGCGCCGCCGUAUCAGGCCACGUGUUUGCGUCACCUGCCCCGUCGGCUGUGCUGGCGGCGGUGCGGGCGUUGGCGCAAUCGGGUGCCAUGGGCGUCCUCCUCAUAGUCAAGAACUAUGCAGGCGACCGCCUCAACUUUGGCGUGGCAGCUGAGCGCGCCCGGGCCGAGGGUGUGGAGGUGGAGAUGGUGGUGGUGGCUGAUGACUGUGCCACUCCAGCCACUCGGAGUGACUCAGAAGACGAAGAUGAUGAUGAUGGUGUUCAUGAUGGUGGCAUUGACACUGACUCGGAACUUGAGACCGAUUCUGAACCUCAUCCUGAGCCCGAACAUGAUCGUGAUCCUAGCGACCGCAGGAGGGGCAACCGCAGGAGGGGCAACUGCCGAUCACGACGCCUCCAUCGUCGGGGCCUCUGCGGGACGUUGCUGGUGCAUAAAGUGGCCGGAGCGUUGGCCGAGCAAGGCCGGCCCCUGAGCGAGGUGGCCCGGGAGGCCUGGGCGGCCGCACGUGCCACGGUGACGCUAGCCGUGGGGCUCUCAUCUUGCCAGGUGCCAGGCCUGGCAUUGCCGAGAUGGUCGACACCACUGCAGGCCGGGGAGAUGGACCUCGGCGUCGGCAUCCAUGGGGAAGCCGGAGCCGAGAGGGUAGCCCUGGCACCCGCGCGAGAUGUGGUGCGGAUUAUGCUGGAGCGCAUGGUUGGGGAUGGUGGCAGUGGUGGUGGUGACAACGGUGAUGGUGGUUUUGCUGGUGGUGGAAAUGGUGGUGGUACUGUUGGUGAUUAUGUUGGAAUUUGUGCUGGUGGUAUUGGUAAUGUUUGUGGUGUUGAUGGUGUUGGAGAUGUUGCUGGUGGUUUCGGAGAUGAUGAUGGUAGGAGUGACGAUAGCACCGGAUAUCAUGGAACUCAACGUAUCAUUGAGCGGGAUAGCAACUCCAGUUCUGCCGUUUCUAGAUCCUCUGGAACUGGACUUAGAGUUGCAGGAGAAGCCAAACUCAGCGAUGCCAGUGGAAGCCACGCCAGACCUCCCUCCGCCAGGCCUGUCAGCUGCUCGGCACAAGGCCAUUUGCCCCUGCACCGUGGUGAGCGCGUGGCACUCAUGGUCAACAACUUGGGGGGCACCUCUCACCUGGAGCUGGGCGUCAUUGCGCGGGAGGCCGCGAGGCAGCUGGGGUUGCGGGGCGUGGUGGUGGAGCGCUCCUAUGUGGGCACCUUCAUGACGGCUCUGGCCAUGGCCGGUGUGUCGCUCACUGUCAUGCGUCUGGACCACGAGGGCAUUAGGCUCCAUUGCUUGGAUGCGGACACUAACGCGCCUUCCUGGCCCAGAGUGUCGUGGACUUCUUCAUCGUUGUUGUCAUUGUCCUCUGCUGGACGGGCUUAUGGGGACACUUGUGGUGGUGGUCAUGGCGGUGGUCAGUAUGUGGCGGAAGAGGAGGAGCUAGAGCAGGGUGAUGCACUGGAUGAGGGUCGUGGGCAGGAGAAAGACCAUGAGAAGGGUCAUCAACAGCAGGAGGGUCAUCGACAGCAGAAGGAUUGUCAACAAAAGGAACAUCAACAGAAGGAGACUGUCUGGGAUUAUCAUCAGGAGGUGGGACACGAGCAGGGGAAGAGUCGUCGAUGGGCGAUCGAGAAGAUGGACGAGGAAGCUGACCAGGGCGACUCGGCGGAUCGACCGGAGCCACCGAGACUAGGCCACGAAGCCAGGGGUCUACACGGAGGUCAGCGUGGAGGUGAGGACGACAGCGACUCCGGAGCUCCGGUGCGAGCUGCGAUGACAGAAGUGUGCGAGGCUCUUCUCGCCCUCGAAUCAGAGCUCAACGAUCUCGACAGCGGGUCAGGCGAUGGCGACUGUGGCACGAGCCACGCUCGGGGGGCCCGUGCCUCACUCCACUGGCUCCGUCACCUCCGGGCCAAUCCCAGGACGGCCUCUGCGACCAUCCCCGGGCACCUCCUCCGCAGCCUCUCGGAGCUCCUCGAGGAGGACAUGGGUGGUACAUCAGGCGCCCUCUACAGCCUCAUGCUGAGUGCGGCGGCCGGUGCCCUGGGGUCAGCGCCGCGCCCGUUCCCCGCCGACUGGGCCCGUGCCUUCGCGGCCGCUGUGAGGGCAGUCAGGCGGCACGGCGGGGCCCGCCCUGGGGACCGCACCAUGCUAGACCCGCUCUGGGCCGCUCACCUGGAGCUGCGCGUCCUACUAGCGGGACCUGCAGUUGGGAGGCGAGGUUUUCCGAUGGACGGGGCCUGCGGGGCGGAGGCGGCAGGUACCAAAGAAAGCAGCGGACAGGAGGAGAAAGAGGAGGCUCAUGUGCUUAAUGCUAAAGAGGUGUUGGCACGGGCGGUGGACAGAGCUACAGCCCAGGCGCUCGCUACGGCACAAAUGGGAGCUCGUGCAGGCCGGGCCAGGUGGGCGAGGGCCGGGGAGGCGUGGGGUCGCGUCGAUCCCGGCGCGAGGGCCGUGGAAGUCGCACUUAAGGCAUUGAGUUUCUCGCUGCAGACUCAGGGCCACUGGUGAUGCCUCGGUGACAGUUGGUAAAGGGUUGUUUAACCAGUUAACCAUGGUUAACCACGGCUAACCGGUUCAGACGGUUAACCGGCUAAGGGUUGGGAAUGUCAACUAAAAGCCUACGUUUCGAUUUAAAGCUUUCAUAACAGCAGGGAUUCAUAUUCAUGGUUCUUUCGGUAAAGUCACGUAGAAGGGAAAUAAUAAAAUAAUAAUAAAACAAUUAAAUGAUC